UUCUGCCAUGACGACGACGUCUCGCGUCAACUGGAGAUUGGAGGGCUCAGAUGAGGAAGGUCACGAUGGGCAUGAAUCGGAGGCAGCCGUACGAAAGAGGAGCAGCAGAGCUUGUGAUCAAUGCCGAAAGUCAAAGAGCAAGUGCGAGCGUUCACCGGAUAGCACGACAUGCAAGAACUGUGCUGCAGCUGGUGUGGCUUGCACAUUUGAGGGUCCAAGCUAUAAGCGAGGGCCACCCAAGGGUUACAUAAAUGCCAUAGAGCACAGGUGGCACAUGGUGGAAUCCCUCCUUGGAGCUAUCGUGUCCUCCCCGGAUCCGCGAUGUCAAAGUAUUGUUUCCGAUCUACGGCGAGACGAACUGGCAAAGGACAUACUCGAGAGAGUGCAAUCGGGUCCAUUCGGUCCUGCUGGUCGAGAGAAGCAGAAGUCCGAUGCGAGCAAAGAGGAUUUCUUUGUCUCCUUCUUUGCGGGCGAAGCUAGCUCUGCCCGGGAUCGGUCACGCCCUCGCAGGCAAUCGAGAGUAUCUCGCGAAAUAGUAUCAUCCCGAGAAGAGAGUACGAAGCUACCGGUCCCCACUAUGGAUUGGCAGGAUAAAUUGUCGCAUAGAUUGGCUGCCCCUGCGAGCCAUGGUCAUACCUCUUUCGGGCUCACGAGCGCUGUCUUCCCGGAUAGGUCAAAAUAUGACCAGUCUGGGAGGCCGGUGUCUCAGCGGCGCCGCACCAACGGGUCCGUUGGCGAGGGUGGCGAUUGGAGGGGUUAUGCCCAUGAUAACCUGACUGACUCGGAUAGCGAUUCCAUAGAUAGUGAGACCGAGAAUCAGAGCUUCGGCCAGUUGUCACUGGACGAGAACAGUGAGGCUCGAUUUCCUGGUCGUCCAAGCGGUUUGCACGUUCUCGCAAAGACGGAGCGCGAGGAUGACCGCACUGAAGGCGGCAUAUGGCGUUUCCCUAUGAUGGGCAUAUGGCCCCCAGCACGAAAUCAGAUAUUAUCCUACCAGGAUGAAGAAUUCGUGGACGUGAACAUGCCUGACCCUGCACUGCAAGACCGCCUAGUCGAGUUGUACUUUGCCUAUGUACACCCGGCAUUUCCGGUUGUCCAUAAGCGCCAGUUCUUGAGGUUAUACCAGGAGAGACGGGUCACCGGGUUUGACAUCAUUCCCCCUCAAGGCCCUCAGCGUUCCCAGACUCUAUCCAAGGUUCUGCUGUUAGUCAUGUUUUCUAUCGCUACGCGGUAUAUAGACGGGGCGGGGAACGAAGACACUUGCCCUUAUGCACAGUCGGCUCGACUGAUCAUUGACAAAGUCUACCACCACUCUCGGCCGUCUACAUGCCAAGUUUUGCUCCUUUUGGGCGUGCGAGCAUUCGGCAUCGGGUCCUUCGAGCAAGGCUGGCUGUAUAUUGGCAUGGCCAUUAGAAUGGCACAAGAUCUAGGCCUGAAUCGUGACCCCGAUAAGUUCCAGUACCACGGUGGUGACAUGUUUGCAUUAGAAGAGAAGCAAUUCCGGAAGACGAUAUGGUGGUCUUGCUGUUUGGUGGAUAAGUAUAGCUGUGUCUUUAUGGGUCGACCUCCCAUGAUCAAUAGCGCAGACUUUGACACGCCGUUGCCUGACGUCGAUGAGGAAGGAGAUAGUGAGGAGUGGCGUCGCUUAGAACCUGGUGAUGCACCAAACGAAUAUUUGCCUGUGCCGGGCAGGCAGCAAAGCUAUUUCAGAGCAGUGACCGGUCUUUCUGUGAUCGUGGGCAACAUAUUGCAAAAAAUGUACAGCAUACGACUGAAGUCCCGCAACAAGUUGAGGGCAAAGCUCCUGGACCUGGAGCGUAGCAUGGACCAAUGGUUUUACAACCUGCCGGAAUGUCUCCGCUACGACAGCGCAAGCGCCUCACGACCCCCGCCGCCGCCAUACAUACUUCAUCUCCAUGUAUAUUAUAAUUCCGCGAGACUUCUGCUCUACUCUCCCUUGCUACCACCCGUUGAUGAGAUUGCGACCGGUCAUCUUGCUGCCGACUCCAGGGACACCCUCUCCCUCCGAAUCUUCGAUCAGUGUCAAAGUGCUGCUUGCACAAUCAGCAGUUUAGUCACGACAUUCCACAAAUGGUUCAACCUCAAGUACUCCUCCCCCAUAUUUACACAUCAUUCCUUCGCCGCUGGUAACAUGCAUAUCGUCACGCUCAAACUCCGUCCGAAUAACCCCCAGGCAUCACUAGGUUACGAGCAGGUGAUACGGGCGUCGAGAUCCAUAGCGCAAACCUGGUCUAGUGCUCAAAGAGUGCUGGAUCUACUGAAUAGCGUCAGGUUGCAAUAUGAGAGAGUAACUGGAAACCUUAUCAACCCCCCUCCAAGACAAAAGCGUAGCGCGGACGAAGGGGGAGAAAAGAGCUCCGACCUCUUACAGAGAAGGGCUUUCGGAACAAGUCCAGAACCAGAGCCGGAGGAGGCACCGGAGGUAAGCCGACGCAUCUUGGCGAACAUGCUCGGCUUGGACGUUCCUGGCAUCGAGCCUUCUACCUCUUUCUUCCCCGGGUACGAGUGGUGGCCUCGCAGCCCCUCGACGAGUUCCCGUUCUCUGGAAACCUCAUGGUCACGGGCAUCAAAUACACCAAGCAGUAGUGCUCCACCUCCUGUCCCUUCCGUCCAGACGCAUCCGCGGAUUGUUGACUGGCAGCAGGGCUACCCCGAAAAUCUGUCACUUCCGAGCAGUGAUCCUCGCGCUCGUCCUCCACCUUGAAUUGUACUAUUAUUC